AUGUUAGUUGAUUUUCCUCCUCCAAAUAAUAUUAACACCAAAAAUGGAGAUAACAGAAUAUACGAAACUGAUGGGCAUUUAAAUUUAUUAAAUAAAAAUCAACAAAAUUUGGUUGUGUUUAAUAAUACUAAACAACACGUAUCAAAACAGUCGAAACAAAAUUUUAUUUUUUGUUUCUGUAAAAUUUGUGGAUAUAGAUAUAUUAUUUUGUUGCUCACGGCCCUCUGCCUAACUUCAAUUUGUUCAAAUAUGAUAGUCUUUAAUUUCACUUUAAUAUUAAUGAAAAGACCAAAUUGGGAAAAUACAACACUAUUAUCCAUUAAUUCGUCAACUAAAAUUAAAGAAGAAGGCCCUUUUAUUGUUUUUAAUGAAACACAUAUUAUGCCUAAAAAUGUGCCUUAUACUCAAUCAGAAAAAGCUCAAUUACAAUAUGCUGUUGGAAUAGCCAGUAUAAUUUCAACAUUCCCCUUUUCAAUGUUAUAUACAAAAUUCGGUGCCCGUUUUGUAUUUUUAUCAGCUGGCAUACUUUCAACAAUAUCUACAGCAUUAUUACCCUUUGCUGCUUCUAAAGGGAUGAUUGCAUUUACAUUUAUCAGAUUACUUCAAGGCUUUGCUUAUGGGGCCAAUUUUGCAGCUAUUGGUUUUGUUUGUCAUCGGUGGGCUACUUUGCAACAACAUGGAUUCUUUUUAGCCUGUAUGACUACAUUUACUUCACUUUCUGUUACACUAACUAACCCUGUUGCAGCAUUUACUGUGCUCAUUGUUUGGCUUAACUCUUUUGCUGAUAUCGUCACGGCCGUAUUUUUAAUUACUUAUUUGCCUACUUAUGUUUCCAAAGUUCUUCGUUAUGGUGUUAGGGAAACAGGUAUUUGGUCUGCUGUACCUGCCCUUUUACAUAUUCCGGUUAAAAUUGGUUCUGGGUGGUUGGCUGAUAAUAUGAGAUGUAUGAGUGAAAUUGGUCGAAUGCGCCUUUUCAAUUCAAUAGCCUUAGUAGGCUCAGGCGUUGCUUUUGCAUUAGUUGGUUUUGUUCCAGAUGACAAACGUUUUCUAGCAGUUAUUUUAAUGACUAUAAAUUUUGCUUUGGUCUCUACAAAUUGUGGGGGAUUUUAUAAAUGUGCUACUUUAAUCAGCAGGCAAUAUGCUCAUUUUGUCGUUGCUGGUAUACAAUUCGAAAAAUCCAUCACUCUUUUUGUCUCCCCAUUAAUAUUUCUUUUGUUUAUUCGAGAUGAGAGUAGUCGAGAACAAUGGAGGAAUGUUUUUAUUGGAAUGGCUAUAAUACUUUUUGUGGCAAAUACUUUCUUUUGGUUCUUUGUAACUGACCAACCAGCAGAAUUUACCAAAAUUGUUUCUAAACAAAAAUCAGAAAAACAACAACAGAAACAAAACAAUUUAUUAUAUAUAAGUAAAACAGAUAUUUAA